AUGGUGGAGCCUUACGAGACACGCAACAACAACAACGGUAGAACAUAUCAGAUGGUCAGAUAUCAUCAGGGCUACAACAGAACAUCAUCAUCAUUGCUGGAUUUGAGAGUGUUUUACGUCAGAAUCAGCAACUUCAAGGUGGAUGAUUCAACUCCAGAGAUCCUCACCAUCACUCACAUCCCUCUUGAUCCAGAUUCUCUUCUUGAGAUCAACGGUGUUAGAAUGAGCAUUCACUCUCAAGGCCUUUCCUCUCAGCUAAGGAGAGACCGUGUUGAUAAGAAAUCAGAGGAAGCUACUUUUAUCAGCACAGACAAUAUCAGGUUAUCUGGUAGCGUUAAGUUUGAGGUAUACGACAAGGAAGAGCUGGUUUUGUCUGGGACGUUAGAGAUGUCUGGUAGUAAUGGUUUUACAGGGGAAUCUACUAAGCAUAGCGUGAAGAGGUGGAGUAUGAACUGUGAAGCUGAGAUCACUGCAGGGUCUGGUUUCUUGAAGGAGAAGCACAUUGGUUGUUCUGAGUUGUCAUCUCCAUUGCCAACUAUUGAAGUUUAUGUCACUGGUUGCUUCUCAGGAUCACCUAUCAUCUUGACCAAGACACUAGAGCUUGGUUUUAGGAAGAAGCAGGUCAAUAGAGUGACUGCUUUAGAUUCUAUUCCUGAGUAUGAAACCGGUGAUCCUCAUAAAGGGAACUCGUCCGAGCUUGAUUUUCAGGCAACAGAAUACGGAGGAAGCUAUAAACAAGAUUAUGAAGGAGAGUAUGACGACAUGUAUUUGGGAAGAGAGUACACAGAUGUUGAAGAUGGAGAAAUGUCGUGGUUCAAUGCUGGUGUGAGGGUUGGUGUUGGAAUUGGUCUUGGUGUCUGUGUAGGUCUCGGCAUUGGUGUUGGCCUUCUGGUGCGAACCUAUCAAUCAACCACCAGAAACUUCAGAAGAAGACUCAUCUAG